AUGGCUCUUCCGGCAACGACCAUAAUGGUGAGAAAUAUGUCUUCGAUAAAUCAGUUGAAACGGAUGAAGCUCAAGGAAAAUCAAAUGGUUUUUCCGUUGGGGUCCAGUGACGAGGACUUUGAUGAAAAUGGUUCCUCUGCAAUUGUGAUUAAGAGGAAGAUUCCGUUGGGAGGAACGCUCGGAAGUAUCGAGAAUGUUAUGUUCAACGUCAAUUCUUCCAGCGAGUUGCGCAAGCCUUUGGGACAGCUGCAAAGUUCCGUUCAAUCGUCCGGACCAGGAAGACGAAAGAGUUCGGAUCCGAAGAGUGCAGUAACCGCUGUCGAACGGCGGAAUGCACGGGAACGGAACCGCGUUCAGCAGGUCAACAAUGGAUUCACAGCUUUACGCCAACGGAUUCCGGAGGAAAUCGCUGAAGCAUUCGAGACUGGGGCCAGUCGGGGAGUUCACAAGAAGCUAAGCAAAGUGGAAACCCUCCGAAUGGCGGUCGAGUACAUAAAAUGCCUCGAAAGAUUGCUCUCGCUAGAUCCGGAAAAGGAAGGUGCCACCAUCAAAUUCCAACCCCAGCAACAGCUGCAGCAGCAGCCACAACAGGAAACUCAACUGCCGGCGACUCCCCCACCGGAGCCGGCACAACCCAACAGUUUCUUUCUGGCUAUUAAACCUCGUGCCAUGGGAAGUUCCAACGGAACUUCCCUCGACCAGACUCAAAUCACAAUCAUAAACGGUCAUCAGUACAUUCGGAUUCCCGGUACAAACACUUUCCAGUACCUCGAUCCGGAAAGCCUGUACGACGAGUCACAGAACGACGGAUUGUUCUUUGCCGACAGUAGCUCCGUCACCGAUCCGGACGCCAUCCUGGAGGACUCGUCGGAUCUGAUGAGUGAAUCGGCUGUCGCUCUGUCACCGCAGAGUAAUUUCACCCUGGAUCCGGAAGAGAAACGGGACGAAUUGAUGAUUCCCGUCGAGGAAGAAAAAAUGGUGGCCAUGAUCAAACAGCAGCAGUACGCGGACAUUAUGAUGAUUAAGCACGAACUGCAGGACGACGACGAAGAAUCGCUGCUGCUGCAGCAAACCGCCAGCGAUCCCGCCUUCCUGGAGUCAAUCAAUUGGUUCGAAAGUCACCACUAG